AUGACAGAGCCAUUGAUGUCUUCUGCUGCUCCAGAAACGAAGAUGGAAGAGACUGCAUCGUCUAGCAAUCUUCGGCAACCCAAGAAGAGGUUUGUUGGAAGGCGUACAGCAGAUGCGCAAGCACAGAAAGAGGCCUCGUCAAGUUCUAAAGAUGUCGAGUCUACAAGCAUUCAACGAGCCGCACCUCGAAGGAACCCAAGAACACUGAAUCAAGUCCCGCCCGAGAUCCUGGAAGAUCCUGAAAUCCGGGCCGCGAUUGAACUUCUGCCCAAGAAUUACUCGUUCGAGAUUCCCAAGACGAUCCAUCGGAUACGGACAUCGGGCGCCAAACGUAUCGCUCUGCAGUUUCCAGAGGGUCUACUCAUAUUCGCUACCACAAUAUCCGAUAUCCUGACGCAGUUUUGCCCGGGGACGGAGACUUUGAUAAUGGGCGAUGUCACAUACGGCGCCUGCUGUAUCGACGACUAUACCGCUCGUGCGCUAGGAUGCGAUCUGCUGGUCCACUAUGCGCACAGCUGCCUGAUCCCCGUUGACGUGACCCAGAUCAAAACGCUGUACAUCUUCGUCGACAUCAGCAUCGACACCUCUCACCUGAUUGCUACGUUAGAACGCAACUUCCAGCCCGGAAAGACAAUCGCAACCGUAGGCACGAUCCAAUUUAACGCAACGCUUCACGGCCUCAAGCCUGUGCUCGAACGCGCCGGAUUCAAAGUCGUCAUCCCGCAAAUCGCACCGCUGUCCAAAGGCGAGAUCCUAGGCUGUACCUCGCCGCAACUCUCCCCCACCGAGAUCGAUAUCCUCCUCUACCUCGGCGACGGCCGCUUCCACCUCGAGUCCGCAAUGAUCCACAACCCUACCAUCCCCGCAUACCGCUACGACCCGUACUCCCGUACUCUCUCCCGCGAGACAUACUCCCACGACGAGAUGCACACCCUCCGCCGAGACGCCAUCAACACCGCCAAAUCGGCCAAAAAAUGGGGCAUCAUCCUAGGCUCGCUCGGCCGGCAAGGGAACCCGAAUACCAUGGCCAUGAUCGAGAACCACCUCAACGAGCGCGGUAUCCCCUUCGUCAACUUGCUGCUGAGCGAGAUUUUUCCCGGAAAGCUGGCGUCCAUGUCGGACGUCGAAUGCUGGGUGCAGAUCGCUUGCCCCAGGUUGAGUAUCGAUUGGGGCUAUGCGUUCCCGCGACCGCUUCUGACCCCCUAUGAGGCUUUGAUUGCGUUGGGCGUGAGGGAGCACUGGGAUAGCGCGAACAAGGGUGUAUACCCGAUGGACUUCUAUGCUAAAGAGGGAUUAGGGAGAACAAAGCCUCAGCAAGCUUUGCAGGGGGCUGCUUGA